GCAAUAUAGACUUCGCUUUUAAAUAUUAUGUUCGGAGUGACUGAAAUAAUCCAUCUAUGUUGGUUAGUGAGUGUUGUGGUCGGGAGGAAUGGCCGCGCGCAGCAGUGAUGGACACUCCGUGGACAGAUCCUCAAAGAAAAGGAACUGCAAGUUUUUCACGAUAGACAAAGGUUCAAGGGCGGGACUGUCUGAACAUGCUUUCAAACAAAUCAUGCGAGAACAUUACCAACAUCGAUGUGAACGGGAAUCCGGUGAUGAGUGCUGUGAUGUUCAUCGCUGGGGUGGUUGGCAACCUGAUGGCUUUGGCUAUCCUGGGAGUCCACCAAAAAGAGCGUCGCACCAAGUCUUCAGUCUUCUGCAUUCUUGUGACAGGACUGGCGUUGACAGAUCUGCUGGGAACAUGUUUGCUCAGUCCACCGGUUUUCAUUUGCUAUGCCCAAAGAAAAUCCCUGGUGGGUCUUACGGGAGAUUGGUGGCUGUGCGGACUCUUCGCCUUCGCCAUGACGUUCUUCGGCUUGGCCUCUAUGCUCAUACUGUGUGCAAUGGCGGUGGAGCGGUGCCUCGCCAUCAGUCACCCGUAUUUCUACUCUAAACACUUGCGGCGCAGCUUCGCCAAGAUCGUCCUCUUCCUCAUCUAUCUCUUUACCUUCAUGUUCUGCUUGCUGCCGUUCUUUGGAUACGGACGGCACAAGCAGUACUGCCCAGGCACGUGGUGCUUCAUCAAGAUGGAGGCAGAAGGAGAGGGUGAGGAUGAGGAGAGGAGAACGCUGACCUUCUCGCUGUCCUACGCCGUGCUUAUGGCGCUGCUCAUCGCCAUUGUGUUCUUGUGCAAUGGUUCGGUCAUCGUCAGCCUAUGCCGCAUGCACAGGAGCCAGCUGACACGUCGGGGAUCGGUGGUUUCGGCUGGGCGAAAGAGGAGGCUGAGCACCUGGUUUGGACAGGGAGAGGAGGAAAUGGACCACUUACUGCUGCUGGCCUGCAUGACUUUCAUCUUCGUCAUUUGCUCCUUGCCGCUGACUAUCUGUGGCUUUGUGAACGCUAUUAGCCUGGUUGGGAAUGAUCAGCAGAACCUAAUGGCUUUCCGCUUCUCUGCAUUUAACCCCAUCUUGGACCCCUGGAUCUUCAUCAUCUUCCGUAAGGCGGUCUUCCACCACAUCCGGGCAUUCUUCCGCUGCUGCUUCCCCAGAGACUCAGUGAAGACCACAGCUCAAAACUCCCUGUCCUUCCCCAUGGAGGCUGGAGAUGCCCAGAUGCACAGCUCCAGCAUCCAGACUAAGAUCUACUGCAGCCUCCCCCAGUGAGGCCUUGAUGAGCAACGAUGCACUUAUGAUGGCGUGCAAUGAGAUAUAACAAGACGAUGAGACCUAGAAGCCUGAAAAGACUGCCUGAAUGUAUCUAGUGGUACUAAGAACCAAAUAUAAAAGCAUGGAUGUCAAAGGACCUGUUUCCUCUCCAUUGGCGAUGGAGGGGAAAUAGUUUGUAAACAUGUGAACUAAUGCUCAUCACUAAACAGGCUCUUUAGUGCAAGUAAACCACAGAAUUAUUUUAGCAAAGAUGUGAAGCAAAGUUGACAAAUGAACAGAAUGUAAAGACAAAAAACAACCAAUGUCCAUUUGGGGAACUGGCACAUACCACAAGUGUACCAAUAAUCACCAAGCAUAGAACAUCAUGAACUAUGAGAAGAUGAAGUUGACCACCAACUUGCUCAGUAAUAUAUUAAUAUAUCGGAUAUAUUAAAAGUUAAUAACGACAUGCAACCAAGAUAUGGGGUGGAAAACACUUAGCAUAUAUCACUUUAACACUUUAAAGGUUAACGUCCUUCUAAAGCCGGCACACUUUUAUGCAAACACGAACUGCAGUGCCAAGGGUGUACCGUGUGACAAAAUAUGUGCUGGAACGUUACAGCUGUUUAGUAUGUCUCAUUAAAUAUUCAUACAGCUUGGUUUGUUUUCCUAAUCUGAAGGAAGCAGUUAAAGCAUCAAACAGUGAAGGCAAUUGCAUUAACUCAUGAAGAAACAUUUCCACAGAAGUUAUUAAACAGCUUAUUAAUUGUUGUUAAUUCAUUUUUCAGCAAAUUAGAUGACAUGUACAAUUUAAAACAAUUCAGAAUUAAUUCAACAUAAAAAAGUGAGAAACAAAGUUUAAGAUAAAUGUAUUAAACGGAUACCAGGUAACAAUUUCAGAUGUUAAAAGACUAUUUGGUGUUAACUCAUACUAGAUAUAGUACCAAAAUAUUUUUUGGGUGUAGUUUUUGGAAGAGCGCAUUGUUGAAAAUGUAAACAUUUAAUUUCACUUAUUUCAUAGAGGUAUGCAAAAAUAGCUCAUUUAAUUUAACUAAUAAUUUAAUGUAAAUAAUAAAAAAUAAAUGACUGUAAGAUUGCAUCAUAACCAGGUGCGAUUUUAACACAUAGCUAGCUGUGUCUGUACAGGAGAUUGGACCAAUAAGAUUGCACUGUGGGCGGGGCGCCUCAGCCACUAAAAUAGAAACCAGGCGAUCAGCUUGAUUAGAACAAAAUUUUACGUGGAAGAGAUGGCUUUUAUCUCUAGAUUCUUUAGCAUGUCAUGUCUGUUAGUAUACGGUGUUAGAGGAAAGACUUCUGUAUAGUGUAAAUACAUUUGACCAUACAGUAUGUUUCCAAAUCAGCUGAUUUUAAACUAUCCUAAACACAAUGCAUGUCUGCUUUCAUACCUGCUUUCAAAGCUACUGAUAUCACCCUAAAUGUUUCAUUCAAAAAUAUGGAUAUCUGUCUUUAAAAUACAUACAGUACGGUACGGUGUAUGAUUAUUGUAAACAUUUAUAUACUCUGUUUGAAGCUAUCUGCAGCUAAAACUGCUGCCGCUAUAGUACAUUGGUCUGUUAUAAAACAUUGAUACCAAAAAA